UCAAAAGUCUAUAUUUUCAUUUAUUUUUCAGGUAGUUUUCAUGGUGAAGCAGCGGUGGAUCACGACUUUAUCCGAGUCGAGGUCGUGACGUCUUCGGGAGCCACGAAAAGUGACGUACACAUGCACGUGUUUCCUAAACAAGAAGUUCUCAAAAGGGAACAGAAACCUGGUGGUAUUCCACUAAAUGUUGCGCUAGUUAUGUUUGACUCUACUUCAACUGCUAACUUUAAACGAAAAUUACCCAAAAGCUGGAAACAUUUGACUACGAAUUUAAACUCUAUUGUUAUGCGAGGUAAGUCCCAUAAAACUCCAUUUUACUUAAUUUUACCUGCAAAAGAUGUAAUCGGUUAUUAAUACGCCUACCGAUGCAAAAAAAACAGCCGUGACUAGCCUCUUGCAUUAGAGGUUACCCCAAAGAGCUUUAACAUUUCAAAACACCCUGCUUCUCGAACUUACACCCCCGUUUAUUGACUCGUCUUUUCUUCCUCGCCGGGAAAAUAAGGCCGCUUCCAUAACCCUCUCCGGAAAUUUGCUAUAACAGCAGCUUGUCGACUACUAUUCUCUCUUUAUCUAUUAUUCGAAACAUCCCUGCUGUUUCCCAUUUAUUGUUUUCCCGCUGGUACGACUAUGGUUUCUCUCUCUACCCCAGUUAGCUCUUAGAUGUAGUGUUUUCCAAUUUCAGCAAGAAGUCAUUGUUUUUUUCCCAACAUAGAAGGAAAAUACUAUCGCGGGUCUAAGGUCCCGCCUAAUAGUUCACGAUUUACUAGCUCUCUGGCUAAAAACUUGAUAGUGAUGAAUCUGCGUGCGAAUCGAUUGCUGUAGAUUUUCUGGGUGACACAAUAUUUAACGCUUCAAAUGGUAAUGACCCUGAGGAUGGUAGUCCAUUUUCCUGGGCUAUUCCAUCGCAGGGUUGAAAAGAUAGAAAUCGGCUUCGCUCUAAAAAUAAAGAAAAGAAAGCCUUACCAGCUCGUCCAUUUCCCCUACUUAACGGAAAAAGUAAAGCAAGUUGUACUUCUAGUAAUCUAACGCUUUCACUGUGUUUUCAACGCCUUGGUGACUAUAAUUUAUAAGAGUCCUUUCUUUCUAUGAUUUGUGAUAUCCCCUUAUUCAGAGUGAAACGUUCCUUUUUCGUUUUGUCAUUUGAUGAUUAUAAGCGUACGUGCAGCCAUAGCUUUAAAUCAGUCACGCCUUCCUUUCUGUGUGAAGCAAAGAUCAGUUGAGUCUUCCUUGAUUUUUACCCAAUUGACAGGUGAGACAAUCGUAGGAGAUGGCACUACUGCCCAGCUGGCUGCAAUGUUAACUGGUUUACCGGAGAAAAACCAACAGGAUGCACGAAAGAGAAAAAGUUCAUCGAAAACUGUCGACAGCUGGCGGUGGAUUUUUAAAGAUCUAAAAGAGAAAGGAUACGCUACUUGUUUUUCAGAAGAUUCACCGGGAACUGCAGCGUUCAAUUAUCGCUUAAACGGUUUCCGAGACCCUCCUACUGACCAUUACGGCAGACCAUUCUGGAUGGAGGCAGACAAACUUUUGAGAGCACAUUGUGUCAACAGCCGAGCAUCUCACAAUGUAUCUUUUGAAUAUCUACUGAGUUUCUUCCGUAGAUAUAGGGAUCGGCCGAGGUUUGCGUUCGCCUCACACAGUGCAAUUUCUCAUGAUAACAUAAACACGAUUGGCUACGUAGACGAUGAUCUAAAAAUAUUUCUCGAUGAGUUUGAGAAAGAAUCAUUCUUAGAUAAUACAAUGCUGAUUAUUUUCAGUGACCAUGGAGCGCGCUUCUCAAAUUUGAGGAAAACACUUCAAGGUAAACUCGAAGAAAGGCUUCCAUUUAUGUCAAUCACUUUACCGAAAUGGUUUCAAGAAAAGUACCCAGACCUCAACAAUAAUCUCGUUAACAAUUCGCAUAUUCUUACAUCACCGUUUGACGUUUAUGCUACUCUACGUCACAUUCUUUCAUACCCACAGUAUCCAAGCGGAAUUAUCACUGGUCAGAGCCUUUUUAGCCGAAUUGAGAGGACAAAUCGCACAUGUGCAAGUACAGGUGUAGCAGAUCAUUAUUGCCCUUGCCUUGACUUGGAAGCCGUGUCACUCGAUGAGCCCGUUGUCAAAGAAAUAGCAGCUUUUGUCUUAAAGCAUAUUAAUGAUCUGACGUCACAUACCGAUGAAUUAUCAAAACUAUGUCAGCGGUUGCAGUUGAAGGAAAUAAAGAGCGCGUUUCGUGAGAUGCCGAAGGAAGCCCUGCAAAGAUUUGAAAGGGCAAAGCACGCCGCAGAUGACAGAUGUGACGGCUGCGAAGCGCUGUUGGGCCAAAAGACUGAAAACACUCUCGUCAGGGACACUUUAUAUCAGAUACAAUUUACAACAUCUCCGAACGAAGGAUUUUACGAAGUUUCGGUUCGAAUGAAGCAAGGUGUUCCUGAACUUACAGCGGAAAUAAGUCGGAUUGAUGCUUAUAAAAACCAGGCAGACUGUAUCUCACACAAUUUUCCUCUACUUCGGAAAUACUGUUACUGUUCGACAAUUUCUUCAUCUAGGGUGAAAUAA